GUAAAGUCAGGAUAUAUCACAUCAAUUCGUGCAGCCCCAUCAACAGACUCAAAUUGGGAACCCGGCAACAAAAUGAAAGAGAUUGGACCGGUUGUCAACGUCAAAUCCCCGGAAAUGACGUUAAAAUUGCCUGCGGAGUUGAGAUACUGCGUGUACAAACAUCCCAACUCCACGACAUACCGGUACGUGUGUUUCGAGCGUGAGAUCUGUUGCCGUCGAGGAAAUGGCUGUUGCCCGAUGGGUCCAGCUCGCUAUCUCCAGUCUUGGACUUUUUGGUUGUGCGUUUUGUUCGCCUUUGUGACGGUCUAUUUGAUCUGCUGGUACUGCAAGAAGAUAGAAAAGGCUCGACAAAUCAUCAGGAAUAACAACAGGGUGGCCGUUGCUUCUGGAAGGGCCGAUCCCACGGGUCGUGCCGCCGGAGUGGACAGGGUGUUGGAAAACCUUAUAAGGAACUAUCGAAAUCAACUGUUAUCGGAGAAUUCCCGAGAUUCGACUCCUGUCGGCGCUAAAGAUCCUCCUCCGGAAUACACCGAAGCGGUGACGAUGGCCAAACCGCCAGACGAAAACCGUUUGAAUGAAAAACCAGCUACCGAGUGCGUGGUGGCGGAAACAAAAGAUGAAGAGGCCGCUCCCAGUUACGAGCAGGCUGUAAAAAUUUGCAAAUAAAUGUUUUCCCCUUUGGGCUUAGGAAAAUAAUGUAGGCACUUCCUACAACACGGUAGCUGUAAUUUUCCCAUCUUGUCUUUUUUCAAAACAAUUU